UUCCACCGCAAAGGAGAGAGAAAACAAAAAAAAAGAAGAAAGUGAAAUAAAAACAGACAGACAAGGAUAGUCUCUCCAUCUCCAUUAUCAUACUCUCUCCUCCAUUUUUACUCUUCUCUAUCCCCUGCAAUCUGCUGCUACUUACCCAUAAUCCAUGAUCAUAUUCAUAGCUUAACUUCUCCAUUUCUCUUUUCUUUCUCCUCCCGCUUUCUCCGGCAACCAUUAUCUUACUUCCUCUCUCUUCCUUUCUUCUCGGAUCCUGUCUACAUUCUUAACGUUCCAUUUUACUUCAUCUUUAGGGUUUCAAGAUCUCUUAUUUUCUUGGGUUUUCUCUCUUUUUUUCUGGGUAUCAUUGAUUCUACUUAGUUCUAUUGUGGGUAGCUUUUUUAUUUUCAUUUUAUUUUCCAUAUUUGGAUUUUGAUUUCAGUUUUGUGGGUUAUCUAAAUUUCAUUUUGGGUUUUUACAUUUACACAGAUCUUAUAGAAUCAACAAUCUGGCGACCAAUUCUAAACAGCAUUGAUUGAUAAAUCCCCAAAAAACCAAAAUCUUUAGCUUAUUGAUGUUUCAAAUUACAAUCAAUUUUGUUACAUUAAUGAUAUAUUCUUACUAGCGACUAGGGAUUUGAAGUUGGAAUGAUAGGAUUGAGAAACAAAACAAAAAGUGGGAUAUGUGUAAAUUAGAAAAGAGUAAUAGUAAUUGUGAAGUAAGAGAAAGAAGAAGAAGGUGGUGGUGGGGGAUUGGUAUUGGUAUGGGGGUUAAAGUUGUAGUAAGUGAUGAUAAAAAAGAGAAACCCAAAACAUGUUUAGCUUCAAAUAAUGGUGUUGGAUCAUCAAGAUACAAGAUGAAGAUGUGGAUAGUAAAAGCAGCAACAUCAAUUUUGUUAUGGACUUGUGUUGUUAAUUUAACCUCUUAUGGACAUGAUUGGGGACCUAGAGUUUUAAAGGGUUGGCCUUCUUGUUUUACUCAAGAAGCUGCUUUGGAUCUUAAGUUGCCUUCUUCUGUUUCUGUUCCUCCUCGUGUUCUUCCCCCCAAAAGGGUUUAUAAGAACAAUGGUUAUCUGAUGGUUUCUUGCAAUGGAGGACUUAAUCAGAUGAGAUCAGCAAUAUGUGACAUGGUGGCCAUUGCAAGACACCUUAAUGUCACUCUUAUAGUUCCUGAGCUGGAUAAAACAUCUUUUUGGGCUGAUCCUAGUGAGUUUCAAGAUAUAUUUGAUGUGGAUCAUUUUAUUGCAUCCUUGAGAGAUGAGGUUAGGAUUCUGAAGGAGCUUCCCCCUAGGCUUAAGCAAAGACUGGAGCUAGGAAGGGUCCAUACUAUGGCCCCUGUUAGUUGGUCUGAUAUAUCCUACUAUAACAAUCAGAUACUUCCUUUGAUACAGAAAUACAAGAUCGUGCAUUUAAACAGAACGGAUGCCCGGCUUGCCAAUAAUGGUCUACCUAUAGAAAUUCAAAAGCUUAGAUGUAGGGUAAAUUUCGGUGCUUUGAAAUUUACUUCACAAAUUGAGGAGCUCGGAAGAAGGGUUGUUAAGCUGCUGCGUCAAAAUGGUCCCUUCCUUGUUCUUCAUUUACGAUAUGAAAUGGACAUGCUCGCCUUUUCGGGAUGUACUCAGGGUUGCAAUAGUGACGAAGUAGAAGAAUUGACUAGAAUGAGAUAUGCCUAUCCAUGGUGGAAAGAGAAGAUUAUAAAUUCGUCGUUGAAAAGGAAAGAUGGACUUUGCCCUUUGACACCUGAGGAAACUGCUUUGGCGCUUCGGGCAUUGGACAUUGAUCCUAGUUAUCAAAUAUACAUUGCGGCUGGUGAAAUAUAUGGUGGUGAGAGGAGGAUGGCCAGUCUUGCUGAAGCUUACCCAAAGCUGGUCAGAAAAGAGACAUUAUUGAAUCCUGCGGACUUGAGAUUUUUUCAGAAUCACUCGUCCCAGAUGGCAGCAUUGGAUUACCUUGUAUCAUUAGAGAGUGAUAUCUUUGUUCCCACUUACGAUGGAAAUAUGGCCAAAGUUGUUGAGGGACAUCGCAGGCACCUUGGAUACAAACAAACUAUCUUGCCGGAUAGAAGGCUAUUAGUUGAUUUGAUAGACAAGUAUAAUGUUGGGUCAUUAAGUUGGGAUGAGUUUUCAGCUGCUGUGAAGGAAACUCACGCACAACGCAAUGGACAACUAACUAAGAGAUUGGUAAUACCCGACAGACCAAAAGAGGAAGACUAUUUCUACUCUAAUCCUCAGGAGUGUCUCCAAUCCGAUGAGCAGCUUAGUAGCAUGUGACCUAUAUGCCCCGAAAACAAGAUUUAUGCCCUUAUGUUCUUCUGGAACGACUAGUCGUAGCAAAAACGAGGUACUCGGGGAUCUCGAUCCACACUUAACGGUGCUACACUGAAAAAAUGGCUUCGGUUUAGCUGCCUUUUUUAUGAUGAUUAUGGCAGUUGCGUGUAUAAACAUAAAUAUAUAUCGAGCAACCAAUUUUUGAGGGAAAAAAAGUGGAACGAUCGGGUGGUGGGAGGAGAGGAUCAUAUAAGUGAAAAAGUGUUGUAUAGAACACACCCUGCCAUUACAGGGGGUGAAGAUAGAUGCAUCAGAUGUACAUGGAGUAAAUGCCACGUAGAUUCGUUCAAUUUAAAUUCAGGGAGUUUGAGGUAGAUUUAUAUAACUCGCUCAUCCUCGAUGUUUUUGUGCUUCUUUUCUAAUAAAUAUUGUUACAUUUAUAAUCUUUGUUUGGAUAUCGGUUUUACGAUUUCUUCAUUUUCACUAGAAUUUAGGGGCGGUUAGGUUCGUAUCGACUAUUGAGGUGGGAUCCUAGAUGUGAAAGUACGGAAUCAUAAAUAGAGAAAGUGUUAGAUGAGAAUAUGGUUGUAGCACAUUAUGUAGCAUUGUCAAAUUGUGAUGUAUCCUAAGCUUGCGGUAAUUGCAUUGGCAUAUGCAUGUGGUGUUCACGGCUGUAGUGUGUCUUAUCUAAUAUUCCAACGGUACUAUCAAUUAUUAAUUUCAUUUAUUUUCAUGAGGCACUUUCCUUUUCGCCUUUUCACUUUGGAUAUUAAAUGUACUCUAUCUAUAUUAUUUCUUCCCUUCUUAA